GGGACGAUGGCCGAUGGUCAAAAAUCACAACUGAGUAGACGCCACAAAAUGAAACGCGUCCGAGAGGAUCGUGAGAGACGACUUUAGUCGCAGAGCCUGUCCUCCAACAGGGCACUGACCAUGGCGGAUAAUGGCGAUGGUAAUUUGCAGCUUGCUGGCUAUUUACGCACGCGUGCAACGCGUUCAGAUUCGUGUUUGUGCGGUUUCUUUAGUUCUUUGCCCUCGUAUUUCAAUUGCACCGAUGUACAGAAUCUUCACUGGGGGAAUAGAUUAUCGACGGGGAUUCGCGUUACGGUGAUGGAAAUGCCGUAUCGCUAGAGCUUUCUCUCUCUCUGCAUCUAUUCGGGGGGGGGGUGUCUCUGCGCUAUUUUGCACCCUCGCAUCACUGCCGACGAAUUGAAGAGCAUCGCGUAAAUCCUGGACGGUGGGGGGAGUAGAGGAUGUGCAGGUGGAGGUGAUGACAUCUCCAUACCCCUCUGCUUCCACCCAUCCAAUCGUUUCCCCCUCCCCCUUCCUACGAGCUUGAAACUAUACCACCCGUCCGACCACCAAUGGUGUGGGGAGGCGAGGGGAAGAGAUAAAGGAGGAGCAGGCGAGUAAGAACGGGUGAAAGGGAGGGAGAGAAAACUACUACGAGUACAGCAGCUGGCCGACAAGCACACAGACAAACCAAUCCACCUCACGCACGCACCACGGCUAAACGCGAGACCGCGCUUACCACCAUCGACAAAGCAACAAUAGCAAACAAAGAUAACACAGUGCCACAGUACAGACCGGAGAACACAGUCCAACGGGAACGUUGUUUACUGUCCAUAUCAUCUCCUGCAAGUGGGCGCGUUCCGCGAAGUUGUACACGGGCGGUCUAUUCCACUGCAGCUGCAGACGCGUUUUGGCCGCUCGCGCGUGCACGCGAACGCCCGCCCGCGCGCGCGCGCGCGCCCCGAUGUCCGUCCGCAACGGAGUCCGCGCGCGCGAUCCGCGGGCCCCGCGCGCGUGCCCGUAGGAGCGACGGCCGCGCGGUGGCCCCGAGCGAAACAGAGCCAUGCGGCGUGGCUCCGUGAGCGCAGCGCCCGGACCUCUCCACACCGGGUCCCCACUAUUUGAUGGACGCAGCCGUAACAGCGGAGCAAAAUGCCUGUGAUGAAGGGACUGCUCGCUCCGCAGAACACCUUUCUGGAUACCAUCGCUACCCGCUUUGAUGGGACACACAGUAACUUCGUGCUGGGCAACGCGCAGGUGCCGCAGGGCUACCCCAUCGUCUACUGCUCCGACGGCUUCUGCGAGCUCACGGGUUUCUGCCGCACGGAGGUGAUGCAGCGCAGCUGCGUCUGCUCCUUCCUGCACGGCGCCGACACGCCGGCCGCGCUGGCGCACCAGCUGGAGCGCGCGCUCGACGCGCAGGAGGAGCUCAAGACCGAGAUUGUCUUCUACAAGAAGAGUGGAGUGCCAUUUUGGUGCCUGCUGGACAUCGUCCCAAUCAAGAACGAGAAGCGAGAGGUGGUGCUGUACCUGGCCUCCUUCAAGGACAUCUCCGAGAGCAAGCGUGGCUCUGUGCAGGAUGGAGCCCCAAAGGAACCCGAGGGGAGGCAGCGGCAGAAGGGCCAAACGGGAUCCAGCUUCCGCGUGAACCGCCGGCGGAGCCGCGCCGUUCUCUACCACCUGUCGGGGCACCUGCAGCGGCACGACAACCCCAAAAUCAAGAUCAAGAACGAAGAGACUGCAGGGCGAGGCACGUGCUGGGCCGUCUGUUCACAGCCCUUCAACGUGUUUGGCGAGAAGGCAGCGCUGCCCGAGUACAAGGUGGCGGCAGCGCAGCGCUCGCGCUUCAUCCUGCUGCACUACGGCACAUUCAAGGCUGGCUGGGACUGGCUCAUCCUUCUUGCCACCUUCUACGUGGCCGUCACGGUGCCCUACAACGUUUGCUUCGCCGGCUCGGACGAGCAGCCCGCCGCGUCGCGCAGCACCACCGUCAGCGACAUCGCCGGCGAGAUCCUCUUCAUCAUCGACAUCAUGCUCAACUUCCGAACCACUUACGUGAGCCGCUCGGGCCAGGUGGUGUACGACGGGCGCUCCGUCUGCCUCCAUUACGUCAGCACGUGGUUCUUCGUGGACCUCAUCGCCGCACUGCCCUUUGACCUCCUCUACGCAUUAAACAUCUCUGUGGCCUCGGUGGUGCACCUGUUGAAGACAGUGCGGCUGCUGCGCCUGUUGCGGUUGCUGCAGAAGCUGGACCGCUACUCUCAGUACAGCGCCGUGGUGCUCACCAUGCUCAUGUCUAUGUUUGCGCUACUCGCUCACUGGAUGGCCUGCAUCUGGUUCGUCAUCGGCUGCCAGGAGAUGAAGGCUCCCCACCCCGUCAACUGGGACAUCGGCUGGCUGCACCAGCUACGCAAGCGGCUGGAGGCGUCCGGCUCGGCCAACAGCAGCGUGUCACACUGCGGCCCUCCCCUGCGCAGUGCCUACAUCACCUCUCUCUACUUCACGCUCAGCAGCAUCACCAGCGUCGGCUUCGGCAACGUCUCGGCCAACACGGACUCAGAAAAGAUCUUCUCCAUCUGCGCCAUGCUCAUUGGAGCGCUGAUGCACGCCGUGGUGUUUGGGAACGUGACGGCCAUCAUCCAGCGGAUGUACUCGCGCCGCUCGCUCUACCUCACGCGCACCAAGGACCUCAAGGAGUUUAUCCGCAUCCACCGCCUGCCCCAGCCACUCAAGCAGCGCAUGCUCGAGUACUUCCAGACAACGUGGUCCGUCAACAAUGGCAUUGACACCAACGAGCUUUUGAAGGACUUCCCGGAUGAGCUGCGGGCCGACGUGACGAUGCACCUCAACAAGGAGAUGCUACAGCUGCCGCUGUUUGAGGCGGCGAGCCGUGGGUGCCUGCGCUCGCUCUCGCUCAACGUGAAGACGACGUUCUGUGCGCCGGGCGAGUACCUCAUCCGGCAGGGCGACGCGCUGCAGGCCUUCUGCUUUGUGCUGUCGGGCUCCAUGGAGGUGCUCAAGGACGGCACAGUGCUUGCAAUCUUGGGCAAGGGCGACCUCAUCGGCUGCGACGUGUCGGACCGGGGCGACGUGAUCAAGAGCAACGCGGAUGUGAAGGCGCUCACCUACUGCGACCUGCAGUGCAUCAACCUGCGAGGGCUCUGCACCGUGCUCAAGCUCUACCCCGAGUACGCGUGCCGCUUCCGGCAUGACAUCACGCGCGAGCUCACCUACAACCUGCGCGAGGGCCACUCCGUACAGGCCAGCUGCGAGAUCAACGGUGACAUCCCCUCGCGGUUGCCCUCGAUCCAGGAGGACAAGGAGGAAGAGGACGAGGAGGAGGAGGACGACGACGACGGUGGUGGCCCCAACGAGCACACUCCGCUGUCAGCCAACUCGAGCAGCAGUGGCUGCAGCAUCCAUGCGUCCUCCACACCGCGACCGUCCCCGCGCCCGUCAACACACGGCCUCUCACCCCGUGCGACCUCCCCUCCACACGGCGGCAGCGCUUUCAUCCGCACGACGAUGGCCACGAUGGGCGUCACGCACCCUUUGGAGUUCCCCAGCCGCGGGGGCGGCCUGGGCAUGAUGCAACCCCACGACGGGAGGUUCCCCAUGCGGAGCCGAGCGUUCGGCGUGAGUGCGCCGGAAUGCGCUGGGUGGGCGGCGAGGCCGGGUGUCGAGGAGCCGGGGCACUGGGGCGGCCUGCGGCUGUCGGCGCAGGGUCUCGCUCAUGCACAGCCGCUCAGCCCCAGGGUUGUUGAUGGCACUGAAGACACAGGAAGCUCCCAGAGGGUCAGGGGGUCAGCCAGCUUCACGGAUGUCGCCAUCGUCGCCGCCACACCCGCGAGCGAGUUUCAUCUCGCUGCACAGCAACCUCAUGCCAGGGGUUCAUCGGAUCUGGAGGAAAACCGGCAAAGCAUAAACCGGCUCAACGAACAGAUGGACAACAUGUCGGGAGAGGUGUGCCGACUCAGCAGGGAUAUCAGGCAACUUUCGGAGAUGCUCACGCCUAUCCUGAGGUCAGGGCCUCAAGGCUGGACCGCGGGUGUUGUUGUUAGCUCGUUCAACAGUAACGGAGAAGACUCCACCGCGGGGCCAGAGCGUCACCGCCACGGACCCUCCUUCUCUCUCUUGGGCCACUGCGAGAGCGGAGAGGACAGAUUUCUGUCCACUGGUUCAGAGUCCCAGCAGCAGCAACAGCAGGCAUGCCUGCUGUCCAGCCGAGAGCGCGACAGACACGCCAUUGAAGGGGUCAGCGUUUUCCCGGCUGAUAGUGGCAAUCCGGGCUCUCACACCGUGCCCGGAGAAAACCUGCCAAGAGGAACUGCCUUGGAAUCUGACUGCCAGGAGACUCAGGGUCAAGAGGUAGGCGUCAGAGCAUUUCUUCUCCAAAGCGACGAGUCGUCACUCAGACCCAAAGGGAAGCCGCCCCCUGACUCGUCAAAGUGGCCUCAAGAUGCUCCCAGUGGAUCCAGCGACAGACAAAGCCCUGAGAGUCGGGUGGGGGAUGCAAUUGCAAACACGGCCAAUGCGGUGUCGAUGCUGCACUCUGGUGACAGGGACACGUUCUCUAUGUGCGUGCUGAAAGGGCCUAUGGGACACCAGGUCAUCGACGUCGUCGAAUUCGCCGAUGAGGAGGGAACGAACGUGUAGAGAAAGCUAUGCCGACGGGACGUGAACGCACGACAGAUAUCCUGGCACUGCGAGAGAUAUGUGGGGCCUGGAUUUUCUAUCGGGCCAAGAUUGCAAAUAUGUCAUUUUGACCAAAGAAUUUAACCUUUAUUUUGCGAAGCUAUCAAUUCAUGAAACACUGUAGAAUCGGCACAUUAACGAAUGGAAGCAACUGUGCUGUGGGCAGCUGCUGCUUUGCCAUGUACUUGUAAAAGUGCUGAACAUGUAAUGAAUUAUUUUAAAUAACUUACUGUCCAUUUUUUUUACCAUGGCGACAAAACACUUACAACAUGGUGCCGUCAAUGGCAGCCCUAUGACACGUCUAUUCAUGGGGUGCUGCUGAAACCAUGAUAUGCUGGAACCUGCAACGUUUUUAAAUUGCGUUGCAAUUUAUAAACAUCUUCACGUGAAUCCAUUUGUACACUUAGUUGAAAUAACAAACAUCGGAUGCAGGUUGGAGCUAUUAAAAAAGAAAUCAAAUAUUAUUUCCAUAAUAUCGAUACACAUCUAUAAAAUGUUUAAUGGGAGGGAGGAGGGGUUUACAACCAUGUUUGGAAAAGGGGUGGUCCAAAUUUUUGGGAAGAAGAUGACAGGUGCAUCAACAUCAAGCUAUGCUUAUGUCGACACAUUCUUCAGUAAUAAUACACCAGAAUAAGCACAUUGAUGCUGGGGUUUUGAUUCUCCAGAAAGUACUUUCACCACAGAGAUGGAGCGGUGAAAUCAACAGAUGUGCGGCAGCUCGAUAGAUUGUUGCAUCUCAAGACCAUGGGAGAUGUUAACGGCUUGGGGAGGCUUUCAUCCAGCAGUGGAUAGAUCAUUGCCUACGAUGAUGAUGAUGAUGAUGAAUCAAAGUUUGAACCUAAUGUAACUGUGAAUCUAUGCAUACUUUUAUUAUCUAAUUCUCAAAUCACUUUGUAGCCACCCCAUGUAGUAUACGAGUAAGAUUGUUGCCCUGGCAGCAACAAUACAAAUUCCCCCUCUUCUUCGUUAAGUAAAACAAAUGUAUGGUCUUGUUUUCUGUUCUUUUUAUCAAUGCACAGAUAUAUAAUGCAUUCUUUGUGUACAUACUAGUGGCUUCUAAAGAUUCUUUUUCACUCCACCCUGGAAAGUGGCCUUGUACUGAAAACAAAAUCGGGUAGACCAUCGUUUCUCAAACUCCCGACCUCACGAGCCCACCACACAGGUUGUUCUAAGAUCACCUAAUUUCCCUCCCUUCAAAUACAAAUUAAGUAGUACCACGCAACACAUACCUGCUGAUUGUAAAACACCUAUGUGAUGGAGAAAUGUAUUAUAAUUAAAAUAGAGGUCUUGUGUGCUCGUGCAUGCUAAGGUUGCGCGAUAUGGAAAAUUUGCGACACAUUGUACGAUAUAAGAUCCACAAUAAUCGUAUCGUCGAUUUUGUUAACUUUUGUUACAUCGUGGUUAUCAGCGUCACAGAUUGCAAAGUUCUGAGAGAUUAGAAGAUGUGGAGUAGGCUUAUUUUGAGUUAACUGCAGUUGCAUGAUUUUAAUUAAACAUAUUUUGUACUGGAUGUACAGUAAAGCACAACAAAAAUACAAUAAAAAUGCAAAACGCAAUUCCAAAAAUUCUGGAAAACUGAUAUCACUAUAAUCAUCACUUUGCAAAAAAUGUGUGUCGUGAAAACUAUGCCACGGAAUCCCUAGUAUGUGCACCCCAAAAGUCACGUGGAGUGUGCUGUCACACGAUGCUGCUGUUUAGAAAUAAUGAGGGGCGUGCAGCAUCUACCGACUCAUUGUGUAUUGAAUGGAGAAGAGCGGUUAACGUGGAAAGGUGGACCAUGGAGCUUCGUGUGGAACUGGAGUUUGAGAACCCCUUGGUGUAGAAUAUGUAUAAUAAGCACAAUUUUAGCAACAAUAUUUCCAACUUUGUGUUUCAUAUAUAGUGAAAUGCAAGAUGUUUUGUACUGGCGUGACUACAUAAGCAUGAGCAAGCAACCAGUUGUGUGGAUGGUAUAUGUGUAUCAGUGUGCACGAUUGUGUUCUCAUUUACCAAAUGACACCACUCAAAGUUAUUUCGGUGCAAAAUAUAUAUGCUCAUGCGGAUCUUUGUUUAUCAAUAUUCACUGUUAGGAUCAUUGAACAUGAUGACAAUAUCGAAUCAUCAAGUGCAUCAGUUCAUGGGAAGGCGUUGGGCAUUGUGGGCGUGGGUGAAAUUGAUGGGCUCAUAUUACCAGACUAGGAGAGUAAAUGCAUAUUCUAGUAGCCAGUUAUUGCGCUGAUAAUACUGCACAAGCAUGCCCAACGCAUACUCGUAUUAAAGCUUGCAUGUCAUUCUAGGACGCGUCACACGUAAAUUAAUCAAUAAAUGGGCCCGGCGUGUCUCUCCGAUCAUGUUUCACAACGUUACGCGUCCGGUUCUUCUCUGGGUGAGAUGAUUUCACUGCAAUGCAACACAGUCACGUUCUCGGUUCGCUUUCCAUCUACCGGUGUGAACGUCGUGCUCAUUGAUGAGAAGCAAACCCUAAAUGUGCGUGUAUAAAUACAGUUAUAGGUAAGUGUAUCCUGCCUGCUAUAAUUCUGUUGUUGGAAAAUAAUGUAUUUAUAUAUUUUACUACUGAGGCUUUAGCUUGCGAUGGAUAUGAUAGAAAGGCCAUGGUUUCUACACCAGCGAUACUAAUGUAUAACCAUAUCCAGUAUUUUUGCAUGUUGGAUUAUGCUGUGUACUCAUUUGUACGUGGGGUUUUUAGUCUGCGCUAGGAGCAGAGCUCAUCUGAAAGCUCAAUUUAUAAUGCCACGUGGAUAAUAAGCAAUGCUCCUUAUUUCUGCCUGCGCCACGUGUGAACUGAGCAGCUAAUUGGCUUCAUCAUUAAACUCGAGUUCCAAAUUAUUUAGGUGGUUUGGGGGCAGGAUUCAAAAACCCGAGCGAUGGAGCUCUGCUUUGCUUCCGUGCAGAGUCUGGAUUCAGGCCCAGGAUUACAGAAAUGGCAGAGGUGAAUAAAUAAAUGUCUAGCCAAGAUUAAACAUGUUCUACUUUUGUAACAAAGAAAAUAUCGCAAUGUACACCAGCAGCGGACACUGUUGCUGCCUUAGCCUUCUCCAAACACUGGAAUGCUCGUUUCUUCAUGUUCCACAUGCAUCACAAUAACAGUAUCAAUAAGACGAUAUGUUUCGUCGGAACCAACAAGGAUAAAAAUGUUGGCAAGUUCAUUAAUAAUGUGUAAUAGCAUUACGAUGAAGUCAAAGGUGUUGGAUAUAAUUUCAGUAGUUAAACUAAAGAAAUUGCUUAUGACUCGUGAUGGCCUACUUGGUGUGAAUUAGAAUAAUUAUAUGUCUGACUUUUACAGAUACAAGUUUUUGUUCAGCGUUUUAGUGAUGAGUUAUCACGUAAAUUUUGACUUAAAACUUUCGAGACUGCAGGAAUUAAUAUUCUUUGGUUCUUUUGGUUAAGUCAUGUAGAUAGAAAAUAAAAACUAAAAACCCACGACGUUUGGGUCUGUCU